UUGACUGGGAGAUCGAAGAGGAAGAAGGGUUCUAAGAGAACAGGUACAAGCAAGCUCUCUCCUCGGUUUCUCUGUACUUUGAAAUUUACUGCGGGAUGCUUCCGAUUUUGUGUUGACCUUUACUGGGGUUUCCAAAUUUGUUCUUAUGUUGAUCGUCUUAUAGAUCGACUCUUUUUUUUAGAAAAAUUAAAUAUAGGUCGACUCUUCUUGUCGGAAUUCCACGAUUUGUUAUGCGAAUGUAGGGUUUAUGUGCUUAGUUUGGUGUUUUUGACGAGAGCCUAAGGUUUUCGGGCGUUCAAUUUUUCAUCAUGGUUUUUUCUCUUUUCCUGCGUUAACGACCAGAUAUUAUGUCACUGUAAUGGCAUUCGCUUUCAUUGGUAGCCUACAAACCCUAUGGCCUUUCUCUCUGUUCAAAUUCGAUGAUUUAAAAGCGUCAGACGAAUUGGUACGCAAACUUUCGGUACCAGAAACGACAAAGAGAUUCGUUUUCGCUGUUAGAAUACCCGAAUCUCAAUCUGUAAUAUACAUACUCUCUGCUCAGAACUUAUCUGAGAGAUCUGCUGUAGAUGCUGACUGCCUUAUUAGGGAGAUUCGACCCGAUGUUGUUGUCGCACAAGUAGGUAAUUCGGCUCUGAGCGAAAUUCAAUCAGAAGAGGAUGAAUUAGGAAGAGGUGAUAUCAGUUUCCCAAUCCCUACUUCAUCUUUUGAAGUACUCAGACGGUGUUUUGUUGAUAAGGCCAAUAAGCAGAAGUAUGAGAAUUUGGCUGGUAACUUGGUUCUGAGAGAAAUUUUUGGAAUUUGUUUUCAUGGACAUUUUUUGGCAGCCAAGAAAGCGGCCAGGGAGGUUGGUUCAUCCUUUGUAGCUCUUGAAUCACCAUUUGUUAUAGCCUCUUCGCUAGAUAACUCCUCCGGGCAGGUUGUGGGUGACAAGGUUCAAGGACUGGUUAGUAGUUUGGUUUCGCAAACUGUGACUCCGGUAGUAUUAUCAAGUUCGAGGAGGUUUGCCAUUAACAAUGAUAUUCAGUCAGGGACUCUGAAGUUGUUAUCCUCACACAUGAAGAUUUUAGACACGAAGUUGUGGCCUUCAUCUUCGAUUUCGGAGCUGAGGUUGAAGGAAGUUCCAGCAAUAGAUAAUUAUGAUAUCCCACCAUUUGCUCAAUUCAUUUAUCCACUGCUCCUUGAUCUGCAUAACAUAUUUACUGACCUCCCAUCUAUUGGAAGAGCUCUGGCUUAUGCGAGGAAGAUUUUUUCUGAUGUGAACAAAGGUGAAGUUGUGGACACCCAAAUUGUAUCCGAAAUUUACACCUUUCGAGUUGCAGUUGAGGGAUUGAGAAUUGCUCUAAACAAUGCCGGCCGGCUACCCAUUAGCAAAAUCAGGAAAUCUAAUCCCAGGACUUGCAAGUUCUGGAGCCAAUACAACCAGUAUUUUAAGGCAGUUGCAUCAGCUGAGAAAAUCCGAGCAGUGACCCACAGUGUAAUAGCUUCUGCUGAGAAAACCAGUUUCUCGGCCAUGAGAACUGCAUUCUACGAAAUUAUGAGGAAAAGGAGAGUACGACCAAUUGGUUCCCUCCCAUGGGCGACAUUUGGGUCCAGCAUUACAGUAUGUGCAGGGUUGGUUUUGUACGGAGAUCGGAUUGAAUGUGCUGCUGAAUCACUUCCUGCAGCUCCCUCGAUUGCCAGCUUGGGUCGCGGAAUUCAGGGUCUAUGCCAAGCAUCUCAAGCAGCGAGGCAGACAGAAGGUAACAGGAUACAAAAAUCUAUAGAAUCUCUUAUGUACAGACUGAAGAAAGUAAUGAUUCAAUAGAGUGAUAUUUUGAUUAGUCGUCUUAGCAUGCUAGUCGGUGAUGUUCAAAAUCAUACCUUAAAUUCCUUAAUAUGUAUAUAUUGGAUUCACAUUACAAAUAGGAAUAGAAAUAAGUGUGAAGAGUCGUCAAUAUCUCCACGGCUGUCAAGUUGUAGCUAUAUAAGUUUGCAUAAAAUUUCCUCUGGUAAAUAACAUUCGAUCGACCGA